AUGCCUGAAGGUCGCCAGUCCCCCGAGCCCGAGAGGCAGUCCGGCAAGCAGCAGCAGUCCCCCCCCGGCUCCGGCCAGGGCACCGACAACGCGGACAACAAGGAGCAGGUCAACGCCGACCAGCUGCAGGCUCCCGAAGCUCGGGCGUCUGGAUUUAGCUGGCGUUGCUGCACGGCGACCGUAUUGGCAAGGUGCAGGAUUGUUGGGUUUGGGUAUAUGCGCGAAUUUGAGAUGACCGACCGAUCCAGACGUACUGCCAAAGAAGUCUUGCGAAAAUGUCCGUCAUUGACGCUAGGGAUCAUAUGGACCGUCAGUCAAGUAUGGUCACCGGGGAAAUAG